ACAUUUGGUCUUUUGAAUAAUACUCUUCAUUUACUUAAGCCAAAAAAAGCUGUAGGUAGUUUAGCAUUAACUAGCACAAUGGAUAAUAAAGAGUUGAAAUAUUUUUUAUCUCUAAGGUAUCAGACAUCUGUGGCCCUUAAGAUAUAUGGUACUGAACCUAUACCUGGUCGUAUGCUUUCUCCCUCAUAUAUUGGAGUCAUUAUGCUUCUAGAAUUAAAAAAGUCUUUGUACGAAUGGUAUAAAAUAUUAUAUGAAAGUAAAUAUAAAAAUAUAGAAAGAUUCAUGGACCUGGUAAUAAAUCAAUAUACAAAACUUCAAAUUGGAGAUGAAAUAUUUGGGUCUAUGAUAUUGGGCCAUAAAAAUAACUCAAUUAUACUUGCAAAAUGGCAAGCCAAAGGAGAUAAAACAAGUGACAUAUACCCUGGCGAAGUACAAUAUUACUUUGAGCACACUCUUAGGCUUCCAAAAGGACCAAAACCACAUCUUCUAGCAUAUAUCAGAUAG